UUAAGUAAGCCGUUAGCCGCUUGACGGUAAAAUUAGUCGCUACGCAUACGUUUUGUGGCUGUUAAUAUUUUUUUUUUUUUUAAUAAAAAUCAGACAAACGGAUUAUGGAUCACAUCAAUACAGAGUUCGAUAAGUAUACGAAAGUUUGGAGCGGUCCAGCGGCGCCGAAAUUCUUCGAUCCGGAUUGUUCCAUUGGCAAAGUGCUSUUAGCAUUUAUGCGCAAUAAUGCCGGAAAUAUAUGUCAGCUGUCCGAUACCGAGGGCACCGCACUCACUAACGGCGAGGCGAUUACUUUCGGUAUUCGGCUGGCGCAACACUUCAAGGCUAUGGGUCUGAAGCAAGACGAUGUUAUCGGUAUUGCCGGCGGCAAUACCACAUAUCUGCUGCCCUUGGUUUUGGGCUGUUUGCUGAAUUGUACGCCCUUCCAUGCGCUAAGUCCGCACCAAGACGAGUCUACCAUGAAAAAUCUAUUCUACACUACACGCCCGCGUUUGAUCUUUUGUGAUGGCAGCAUCUACGAUCGAGUGAGUGCGGUCAGCAAAAUGUUGAAGGCGAAUGUUUAUACUUUGAAGGAGCAUCGUGGCGAUCUGCCGAGAAUCGAGGAUCUGCUGGAGCCCACUAAGGGUGAAAUGUUUUAUGUUCCGCAAAACCUUACCAUUGGUGGAGAUCAAACGGUAGCCAUACUCUGCACCUCAAGCACCACUGGACUACCUAAGAAUGUAUGCAUUUCCAAUUCUUGCUGCCUCUUCGAUUACGGUUUUGUGUCCAGCAAGGACGUAUUGCUCUCGUUCAGCACCAUCGACUGGUCGACGGGUUUAUUCAACAUGCUCUUCAGUUGCGGCCAUAGCGCCACACGCAUURUUGUCGAUAAACCUUAUACACCGGAAUAUCUUUUGGAACUAAUCGACAAAUACAAGGUGACUAUACUCACUUUGGCGCCACAACACAUUGCCACACUGGUUAAGUCACCGCUUCUAACCAAAGAGCGAUUAGUCAGUGUGCGCUUCCUCAGCAUUGGUGGUGGUAAUUGUUAUGUACCGACCUUGUUAAAGAUGCAGGAAUACGUAACUAAUGGUUACAUAUCUUAUGGUUAUGCGCUCACUGAAUGCGGUGGUGUUUCAGCYAAUUUGGGAAUCACCAAACCCAGUUCAGUGGGUAAACUCGUACCCGGUUUGAGGGUGAAAAUACUUGACGAUGCUGGUCGCAGCUUGGGACACAACGAAACCGGCGAAAUAUUGGUGCAUAACAAUAAGGUGUGGAACGGUUAUUAUGGCAAUCCGAAUGAGACGAAACGUAUGCAAGACUAUCAGGGUUGGUUUCACACCGGCGAUCUGGGUUACUUCGACAAUGAUAACUACCUUUAUGUAUUGGACAGAAAAUUUUCUGAGUCUAACAGCCACUAUCGCAUCCAUAGAAUAAUGGGCUUGAUUAUGGCGUCAUAG